AUGGCCAACUCGGCACAGAAGCGGUUGGACGCUAUUAGCAAACAGCUAGGUGCUGCGGCUGCCACUUCUUAUGCUGAUGCACCGGUCUUCGAAACAAAAUCAUCACCCAAAGCCGAUGAUGCUUUCCUGCCUCCAGUUCAGCAGGUAGCCCCGGCGUUGACGGUGCCUCGAGCCAAAGACAAGGUUGUGAUUGUGACAGGCGCCAACUCACUGCUCGGCAUCGGCCGCGCCUCCGCCUACGAGUUUGCCCAUGCCGGCGCCCGCGCCAUCUACCUCUGCGACGCCGUCGACGACCACCUGGCAGCCCAGCAGCGCGACCUGCAGGCACGCUGUCCGGCCGUUGACGUGCACUUGCGGUGCUUUGACGCGGCCGACGAGGCGGCCGUGAAGGCGGUCGUGGCCGACGCCCUGCGGCAGUACGCCCGCCUGGACGUGUUCUUUGCCAACGCCGGCAUCGUGGGCCCGCAGGUGGCCUUUGGCGACGUCGACGCGGCCGCCUUCAUGCAGACGCUGCGGGUCAACACGCUGGGGCCGUUUCUAGCCGCCAAGCACGCAGCACCAGCGAUGCAGCAGACGUCUCCGGCCAAACCAGCGCCCGGCGGCAGCAUCGUCCUGACGGCCUCCGUGGCCGGGCUGCGGUCCAACGCCGGCGCCACGCCCUACUCAGCGUCCAAGGCGGCUGUCGUGUCGCUGGCCCAGACACUCGCCUUUCAGCUCGCCGGUUCCGGCAUCCGAAUCAACGCCGUCUGUCCCGGCAUCGUCGAGACCGCCAUGACGGCACCGACCUUUGCCGCUGCUCGCGCCCGCGGCACCAUCGCCCGCGUCGGCCAGCUCAACCCGACUCGCCGCGCCGCCCACAGCGACGAAGUCGCCCGCGUCGUCCUCUUCCUCGCUAGCGACGAGGCCAGCUACGUCAACGGCCAGGCUUGGGCCGUCGACGGCGGCCUCAGCGCUGGUCAUCCUUUUGUGCCUGGCAAGCUGUCGUAG